ACCAGCCCAAGCGAAGGUACGGUGUCACUCUGUAUUCCACUAACAGGCAGAGCUGCAAAUUUGUUCCUCUCUUUUCCCUCUCUGAGCAGCACCCUUGCGAAUAGCUUCACAUCGUUCAGGGGACACAUCGAACCUCAAGCACACGUGGUGCAAGUGAGACAUCUAGCACACUACACUAGGCUGCCAUAUUUCACAAACUACCUAACCGCUGCCUGGCGUCGACGUAACUCAAGCAAACAAAUAUCACCACCGCAGACCUUUCAUCUCAGUCAGGUCACACAAGACACAACAAAAAUGGCAGAAAGCUGCCGAACCUGUCAUGACCCGCUCACGCUAACCCUCGACGCCGAGGACACAUGCUCAGGCGACGAAGGUCAAAGCCAGACCGUUCCCGACGACCUGCUCCUGCCCUGCGGCUGCCACUUCCACUGGCAAUGCCUCUUGGACCAGGCCGCGUCCGUAACCUCCUCGUUAUGCUGUCCCUCCUGUACCAGUUACCUCCCCUCCUCCAACCCAUCAUCAUCAUCAACCGCACCCACCACCACCAGCACUAGUAUCCUGGCGCACUACACCAACGAGGGCGGCGCGCAGCCCGGCUUGAACAUCCUCCCCAUUCUCCAAGAAGAAUCCUAUUUAGCUUCCCACCCGGAAGCGCGGCCCGCGCGGGCAUUCCACGCGCUGGCCGCCGAGGGGGACGUUCAGGGGCUGGUUGCGCUCCUAGCUGACGUCGACGACAACGACGACAACCACUACGAGGGCUGGGAGGACGAAGAAGGGGAAGAGGAAGGCCAAAUCCCCCGGAUGUCAGCGGCCUACCUUCUGACCUGGCAGGACCCGCUCAACGGGGGACGGAGCGCGCUGCAUGUAGCGCUGGAGGCGCGGCAAGAGGAGGUGGUUUGGCUCCUACUCUGGCUGGGGAGCGGGGUGGAAACGGAGGAGUUUCCGGCGCCGGUGGUGCAGGUUGCUGAGGGGAUGGGGCUGCCUCGCGGCGCGGUGGCGCCGGGGAAGGAUGUGCGGUUUGUGAGGGAUGAGAAGGGACGGCUGCCGGGGGAUGUGUGCUUGGAGCUUGGGGGGAAUUGGAGCAGAAUGGUUGAGCUGGGUUUGUUUGGGUGAACGACAUAGAAACGGGGGUGAGAAUGGAUUGUUUACAUCCUGACAGUAUCACCUGUCCAUUCCGACGGGUGAAGACCUAAGCAUUGGCUGCUAGAGGUACUCUGGGGAACGGCAGGAGCAUCUGGAGCAGUGGACUGGGGAGAAGGAAGGAGCGAGGAGGGUAUAUAGCCAUUGUUUCGUCCGAGGUCAAGCAAGUUAGACUCUGUAGUGGCCGAGUGGAUAUUUCAGCUAACUAUGAAAUCGUUGUGCACGGUUUCGUAGGGCGGGAGGUUCCCGGUUCGAGUUCAUGAAGUUCGAGGAAAAGCCCCUCCGACCAGCUUGGAGAACUGUUCUAUGAAACCGUGACCCCCGCCUGAGCUUUAUGCCGGUUUAUCUCUUUUUGUACAUUACCCUCAACAUUCUCUCUCGAUAGAACUUGGAGAUUGGU